CAGAAAUUAGAAUUUCUAAAAAUAUUCCAUGUCAACAUGUGCGGUGGAGACUGGGGAAACGUCGGGCAGAGGAUAUCAGUCUCACAGCAUGUCUUCACCAACUGCAGACGUCUUCCGAUGUGGCUUGCAAAUGUAUCAGCUGUCCCCAGAUUCAAAGCGGCUUGGGUCAUACACGGAGGACAGAACAUAUGAUAGUUUGGAUGGAAGCUCCACAGAGUUGACUGAUGUGUUUGAAGAAGAGGACUGUAUUCAGGAUGAAGGCUGGAGUACCCCUGUUGCAGACCUGAAACAGAAAAUUGCAGCUCGGCUAGAAAACUAUCUUACCAAUGAGAGCCUGUCUGAAGAUGCCUUUUUACUGAAACAUGUUCAGAGGAACAAGAAGGGCUACGUCAGUGUGAAGUUACUAACUUCAUUCAAAAAGAUCAGGGAGCUCACACGUGACUGGCGAACCACUCUGGCUGCGGCUCGCACCACUCAGCAGCUGGAAGUCAAUGAGGAGGGAACCAAGGUGCGACGGCGGGACCCAGUGCCCGACUGGCUACUGUGUGUCCCCACCAGCAAGCUGCUGCUGGCCUGGAACCUCCUGGGAGGAGAGGACAACGAUGAAGAGAGCGUAGCCCCGGGGGUGGAGCAGCAGGGUCUGAUGGAGACAGCCAUGAGACUAUUUGGCUGCCACGGCACCAUCACGUCCCUCCGCAUCCUGCGCCCAGGGAAGGAGAUCCCUGCCGAGCUCAAGAGGUAUGCAAAGAAACACAUGGAGCUGGGGCGUAAGGUGUGUGCCGUGGUGGAGUAUGAGUACCUGGAGGGGGCACGGAGGGCCUAUGAGGCCCUGCAGGCUGAGGAGCAGCUACAGGGGAACAGGGCGGUACGUGUGGUACUCCUAGGCAGCAGGGGCAACAGGAAGCCAAGGGGCAGCCAGGACCGCACAGAGGAAGAGUCUGAGGACGGCAUCGAGAGUGUGUGCUCGAGGAAGCCCAACCGCAAGGGCAGGCGAUACCCGGGCUACUCCCUGGAGGACUCUGCCCUCUACAGCUCGUCUGAGUCUGAUUUCGCCCCCGCCUCGCCCAGGCCCAACCGCAGGGUCACACGACCUCAGGCUCUGUACGGCAGCCCCCUGGCCAUCCCCCGGGUGUCCUCCUUCCGCUCAGACCCCUACAAGAACCCAGUUUGUAGCCCUGUGGGGAGCCCCCUCCUGCCCCGCAAGCUGUUCCCCAGUGGCCACACUCCGUCCCCGCUGGCCGCUCCAGAGAUCAGCAGCAGCCCUAUAUCCAGUGGCAAUGGAAGCUUUGGCAACAGGAGCAAGUGCUCUGGGGACUAUUCCCAGGAAAGUUUGGGCUUUGUGGGGAGCCCCUGGGUCCAGCGUCGGAAGACUGCCGCCCAGGCAUUUUUUCCUGACAAAGGUGGGCCCCUCUCGCCUGGCCUGCCCAAGAGGCCACUGGGCGUGGUGGAUGUGCUGCGCCAGCCGCUUGGCCCUGAUGGCACUAAAGGCUUCUACAACUGCAUUGGCAGGGGGAAGCUGGUAGUGCAGCAAUGAUAAAGCCUGGCCAAAAUUACCUCUGCCCAAAGCAAGGAAGGAUUUGCUCUUAAUGUAACCACCAUGGUGUCCACAAUUACUUUUGAUUGUCUCAAUGUUUAUCUAAAUGAAAGGGGGG